CGGGCCAAUUUGGUACAAUCAUUCUGAGUCAAGAGAAAACACCUGAACGUUGUGUGCAAUGUGUAACACAGUCACUGUAGCUCCGUGCGGGGCAGAGUUUUGAGUAUCACACAACACUGCAUUACUUCUAUGAACUGACAACCAAAUCACCUGUGCCCACACAACCUGCGUUUGGAAUUUUUUCGUUCAGUCAUUCCAAUACCGUAAAUACCUCAGUUUCAUCCACGUAUCUUCAGACCAGAGACGGGACACUGUUAAGAACCAUGGUACCUCAGACGACGAGUUUAGGCUUGAUCGGCAGCAGUCAAUCCAGCGGUCCGAAUUCGCCAGAGAGCAGCUCAUCAUCGGGCAGUGACUUGAGCAUGACGGGCAUCGAUCUCGGUGCGAUCUUGCAGCAAUCUACGCUGGACAUCGCCGAGGACAUUUGCCAGACUAACUGGAAGGCUAAUAACGGGCAUAUUAAGCGGCCCAUGAACGCCUUCAUGGUCUGGUCCCAGAUCGAGAGAAGAAAAAUCAUGGAGACCCAGCCAGAAAUGCACAAUGCUGAGAUCUCCAAGCGGCUGGGACGCCGGUGGAAAACCCUCAACGACAUCCAGAAGAGUCCGUUCGUCGAAGAAGCAGAGCGACUGCGGCUGCUUCACAUGCAGGAGUACCCUGACUACAAGUACCGACCCAGAAAGAAGGCCAAGCCCACCACCAAGCAGGAGAACCCAGCACGUACCGGUGGAGUCUCCAAACACAAACACAGCUCCAAGAACAAGAGCAAGAACUCCUCUCGCCACCACCACAGCAAAGCGGACCGGGUGCCCAAGCUGAAGCUCACCAUUGACAAGAAAUUCCGGGAGAGUAUCAAGGCAAGCAAAGCCAUCGACCUGGGCUCCACGCAACUCACCCCACCUGCCAAGGUGCCCUCUAGCCCCACUGGAUCCACGCCAGACUCGCCCGUAGACGGCAGGAGUAUGUACGAAGACUAUGUGGACGUUUGUGCCAAGCCACAACAACCCGAAGUACAGCAACAACAGCAACGUAUCGCCCCCGUUAUGAUCAAGCAACAUCAUCAACUACAGCAGCAGCAGCAACAACAACAUCAGCAACAGCAGCAGCAGCAGCAGCAGCACCCUUCCACUGUCCCCAUAAACAACAACAGUACUCACACGGACCUGAAUAUUGCUCAGGCCAAUAGCCAACUGGCCGGAUUGACAGAAGAAUUCUUCACAUCGACGUGGCCCAAUUUUGACUUUGGUUCCUUGCAGGACUUGGGUAGCUUAACAGACGACCUGAGCCCACUGGACUCGUGCAGCAGCAACGGCUCACAUUUCGAGUUUCCUGACUACAUGACUCCAGAGGUGAGUGAGAUGAUUCAAGGAGAUUGGUUGGACACUAGCUUUGCUUCCCUAAUAUCGGCUUGUACGAACUAGAAUCAGUAAAAUGAUGGGACAAGAAAAAAAACUACCAGCCUUGAAACCCAGCUGCCUCAGUGUGUAAAACUGACCCAACAUGACAAACACAAACUUGUACGUGCCCAGUCGUUUCUGUUUUCAUUUAUUCCACGAAAAUGGAAAAUUGGUUGGGCAUUGCCUCAGUCGUGGUCGACGUGGACUUUUUCCUUACCACCUUGGCCGAGACACGUUUUACAGCACCGAACUGAGCUGACUGUCGGGGAACUCUCUCGCUAGGGGACCCGACCCGAGUCACAUUGCCGAUAGUACGCUGUGACUAUGGCACCGUCUUACCGUUGUGUGUGCCCGACGAAUAGUCGCCAUUCAUCCUAUAUUGCCUGGAGCAGACUUUGUCUUGACAUUUUUUUUUUACAUUUUUCCACAAGAAUUAAACAAAAUAACAGCCAUAGGCUAUCAGGUUUUUGUAUCAAGGACAAGACGUUUUUGUAACUGCCUGUGUCAUCCAUCACUGCGUCUGGUAAAUUUGGUAAAUUCUUUUUUUUUUUAAAUAAUUUUGAGCUGAGUUAGUUUGAUUCACAAGUCACAAUUGUUACAGUACCAGAGUCAGAUUGACUGUCUUAUAUCCAUGUCACAAUGCGUCACUUUCCCAGGACGUCUUAUCUCUUUGUUGAAAAUAGCUGUACAGUUUUAUCUUAAUUUUAUUGAAAUUAUUAUUUAUGCAACGUUUUGUAUAAUACCUUAAACAUAGCUAUUCUACCUGUUUGUGUUGAGAUUCUGUAUAGUAGAUUCAGAGUUUUAUUUACGUAUGCUCCUGGUUGUGCGGUCUUUUCGGUGAUGGUGGUUUCAUGUCAUGCUCUAAGGGUUUGGUUUGAACGGAUGCAAUUCAGUCUACCUGGAAUCGAAAAUCAAAAAAGUAUGCAGAAAUGUUCAAUUUGUCGACUUUUAUAAGAAAUUCAAACAGCAAAUGAACAAGGUACAAUUUACAAUUCACUGAAAGUUCUCGACAACGUGACGGUUUAUACUGAAGACUAGUACAGAAAAGAAUUGACAGAAACAAGCGAAUUGACAGAUUUGAGAAAAAAGAAAAAUGAAAAAGAGGAGCACUUAUGUAUAUUUGUACUAUUGUAGAUUUUCCUCGCUAAUUUUAAUAUACUAUUUUGUGUCUAUUUUGUACAUUCAAAAUUAUCUUCCUUAGACUCUAUCUAUUGUUUAUAAAUGUUAAAAAAUGGUAUGUCUUCUGUAAAGCCGCUUGUAUUUAUGUACGUUUUGGACAAUUUCUUUCCAUGCUGCAGUAAUCAACAUUGUGAAAAUUCUGCUCAUUGCGUCAAAAAUGUCUGCCCAAAAUGUCCGUGACAGAAAAUUUUGUAAAAAACCGUAUUUUUUAUUCCGACUUUUUUUGCUAAACAAACAAGCCUGUGAAACGACCACCCUUUUGGUGUUGCAUUUUUCUUAAUUUCCUACGAAAAACAGAAAACAAUCAAAUUUGUGGAAGAAGCAUUCGAUAAAAAAAAUUAUAUUUCCUGACAUUGUAAUAAUAUUUUGUAAAUAUAUUUUGAGUAGAUUUUUUCUGAAUUUGAUACUAAAACUUUGGUACGCAUAACUUAUACUUAAUGGAGGAGUGAGUGGAUGAAGCAACUUAAUAAUAUUUGAAACAAAACCUACUGAAGGUUGUAACUUGAA